AUGUACGCUCUGGGGAUGCGCAGGUUGUUCUUCGUCGGCGCGGCGCCGCUCGGAUGCAUCCCGUUGCUGCGGGAGCGGGAGCGGAGCCUCCACAAUAGCAAGGGAUGCAACGCAGAGGCAAACUCUCUGUCAGUUGAGCACAACACGGCCGUCGCCUCCCUCCUGCGCGACCUGAGCGCACGACACUCGGAUUUUCAGUAUUCCUUCUUCAACACAUCCACUGCGUUGCUGCUGUACAUCCAGGAACUUGAAGCAAAUGGAUCUGCUGAAGUGAAAGCCGCCUGCUGUGGUCUAGGGAGUGACAACGCCAUGUUCGGUUGCACCCCGUUGAGCUCGCUCUGCCCCAACAGGAGCAACCACGUCUUCUGGGACUUCGUCCAUCCCACGGAGCUCACUGCACAGAAGCUCACCAGGGUUGCCUUCGACGGGUCCCCGCCGUUGGUUUCUCCAGUGAAUUUGAGGCAGCUCUGCGCCCCGUAG